AUGCAACAGUCUUUGGAUAGCGAUUAUACUUACAACCAACGGUAUAAAGAUUUAUAUUUAAAAUUACAUCAGGAAUUUAGGAUUUUACAUUUAUUAUAUCAUCGAAAUAAAAAUCAACAUAGAUUAUCAAUAUGGUGGAAAAGGUUUAAUAUGUUAAAAAGAAACUGUGCUCAAGUGAUUGAAUUGAUAGAAUAUCAUUAUAAGCAGCCAGAGUAUAAUGGAAAAAUGACUUCAUCGUCAUCAUCGAAGAGUAAAAGACAAAAGCAGAAAAUAGUUAUUAUUAGAUUAUAUCGAUUGAUUCAUUCAAUGUUUUCAAAACGUUAUUUAUCGAAAAUGUAUUAUGAUUUCAAUGGAAUCAUUGCAUUGGGACAGUUUGUUACCUUGGGGGUAGUAUUAGUUGGAUUGUUAGGUAGAAUCUAUUCUAUUUAUUUGGAACUAUUUGAACUAAAUCGUAAUAAUUUUAAGCAUGUUGGUUGUAUUAUUAAAGAUAUUCCAAUAAACAAGAUAUUGGUAAAUGAAACUAACCAAGCUAUAAUGAAAUCAAUUAACCAAGAAGAACUAGGCGAAGAACUAGGUGAAGAAAUUUCAAUAGAUGAUACUAUGCAUAAUGUUAGGAAUACAAUAAUAGAACAACAAUUGGAUGAUAACGUAAUAGAAAUGAAAAUUUCUACUGGUAUAAGAAUUCAAGAGAAUAUUACUACUGAACAUACAAUAGAGAAGAAAAAAGAUAACAAAAUCAAGAAGAAAAAAAACAAGAAAUCUAAAUCUAAAUCUAAAUCUGCCAUAGAUAGCAUAUUUGGAUAG